CUGCUCUAGGAGGAGCGGACCGGGCAAAAAUCCUGACCAUGACACCCCACAGGCUGCUGCCGUCGCUGCUGCUGCUAACUCUGCUGCUCGCUGCCCGCGCAGGAGGCGCCUUGGCCCGCUGCCCAGGCUGCGGGCAGGGGGUGCAGGCGGGUUGUCCAGGGGCCUGCGUGGAGGAGGAGGAUGGGGGGCCGCCGGCGGAGGGCUGUGCGGAGGCUGGGGGCUGUUUCAGGAAGGAGGGGCAGCAGUGCGGGGUCUACACUCCUAACUGCGCCCCGGGACUGCAGUGCCAGCCGCCCGAGGAAGACGAGGCGCCUCUGCGGGCGCUGCUGCUGGGCCGGGGCCGCUGCCGCCGGGCGCGCGCGCCCUCGGGGGAGAAUCCUAAGGAGGGUAAACCCCAAGCAGGGACCACUCGCACACAGGAUGUGAACCGCAGAGACCAACAGAGAAAUCCGGGGACCUCUACCACUCCUGGCCGGCCCAAUCCUGGGGGUGUCCAAGACACGGAGAUGGGCCCGUGCCGCAGACAUCUGGACUCAGUGCUGCAGCAGCUCCAGACGGAGGUCUACCGAGGGUCUCACACCCUCUACGUGCCGAACUGUGACCAUCGGGGCUUCUACCGGAAGCGGCAGUGUCGCUCCUCCCAGGGGCAGCGCCGAGGACCCUGCUGGUGUGUGGAUCGGAUGGGCCAGCCCCUGCCCGGGUCCCCGGAUGGCGAUGGAGGCUCCCCCUGCCCUGCUGGGAGCAGUGGCUAAGGCUGGGUGGGGGGCUGCAGG